GCGAUUUGAUGGCUAUAACUAACAUGAUUCCGGGAUUUCGAUUCCGUCCUACUGGAGUUGAAUUGUUGAAGUACUUUUUGAAAAGGAAAGUGAUGGGAAAAAAGUUUCAUAAUGAUGUGAUCGCUGAAAUUGACAUAUAUAAACAUGCUCCUUGGGAUCUACCAUUUAAGUCUUAUUUACAAAAUGGCGAUUUAGAAUGGUAUUUCUUCUGCCCAAUUUCGAAGAAGCAUGGAAGUGGAAGCGGAGGGAGGUUGAAUCGAGCUACGGAAAUUGGGUUUUGGAAAGCUACCGGUAAGGAUAGAGUUGUGCAACAUAAUAAUCAAACGGUUGGUAUGAUUAAAACCUUGGUAUUUCACACCGGAAAAGCUCCUCGUGGUGAUCGAACUGAUUGGGUUAUGCAUGAGUAUAGGCUUGAAGAUAAGGACCUGGUUGAUAGAGGAAUUGUUCAGGAUUCUUAUGUAAUCUGUAAAGUGUUUCAAAAGGAAGGUCUUGGCCCUAGGAAUGGUGCACAAUAUGGGAGGCCAUUUAAUGAGGAAGAUUGGAGUGACGAUGAAGUUGGAUUACCUUUUUCUGAAUCGGCUGCGCCAGUUCCCGGUUUGGCUGUGACAACAACUAAUAGUUCUGUUCUAAAUGAUGCUGUCUAUUCAUGUCAAACAGGAUUGAUCUCUUCUCCCGAUGCUGUCUAUUCAUGUCAAACAGGAUUGGUCGCUUCUCCUGAUGCUGUGAGAUCAUGUGAAACAGGAUUGAUACCUUUUCCCGAUCCUGCAAAUUCAUGUCAAAUGAGAUUGAUGCUGCCUUCUCCCGACCCUGUAAAUUCAUGUCAAAUCGGAUCAAUGCCUUCGAGUCAAAUGGGAUUGAUGAUGCCUUCUCCCGACCCUGUAAAUUCAUGCCAAAUCGGAUCAAUGCCUCUCGACCCUGCAAAUUCAUAUCAAACAGGAUGGAUGCCUUCUUCCGACCCUGCAAAUUCAUGUCAGACAGGAUUGAUGCCUUCUGCUGACCCUGCAAAUCAUUCAUAUCCAGACAAUCAAGCUGUUAAUAAUGAUGAUAUUUUAUCAAUGCUUGAUAUUUUCAAUGACAGCGUCAUAUUUCCUGAGGAAAAUAUUGCUGAAGGUGCACUUUUAAGUGACAUUUUUGAGGGUUUGGGAGACCUAGACUGUUCGGCGUUGGGAUUCUUUGGCCAGAAUGCCGAGUUUAGCACAGACGGAAUGGCUGCUAUGGGUGAUGUUGGGCACUUAGAUUUCAUUGAGUUGACUGAUCUUGACUCUGAGUUGUUCUGGCAGAGUCAAAAUAAAUAAAUUCAGUGGAUUUUUAUAUUCUUCUCACACAGCUAACACACGGAGUUUUAGGUGCAUUUUAUUUUUUUGUUUUGUAAAAGUGAUUGAUUCAUGUAUGUUUAUUUCUCAAAUAUAUCAUAGUUUAUA